AAACCGAACAAAAGAUGUACAAAUACAAUUGUACAAAACGACAUGUCGUACAUUCUAACGUCCAAUAGGCUUCUCGUCCUGCACAUGAAAAGGUCAACACUGAAGACUCAAAAUCAACUCUUUGCCCUUGAGGCUUCUUCUUCCUCUUCCCACAAAGCAAAACCCUUUGCUCUCUGUAACAAGUGAAAACCCACAAAAAUGGGACCAAUUCCGAAACUACCCCUUGUCUUUCUCAUCACCACCCUCCUCUUUCUCACCGCAUUCAUUGGGUUAUCCGAAUCCAACUCGGACCAGGUCGCCGAACUCCUUUCCCUCCAAGCCCGAUCCAAAUCUGGCUUGAUCCGCCUCGACGAUCACUCACUCUCUCGAUUUCUGACCUCCGUCAAAACCCCAAGGCCCUACUGGGUUCUCAUCUUCUUCGACGCCGCAAAGCUCCACGACAAGCAUGAGCUCCAUCUCAAGGAGCUCCGCAGCGAGUUCGCUCUCGUCGCUUCGUCUUUCAUCGAGAACAAUGAAGACCCAUCGUCUUCUUCUCACGCCAAGUUGUUCUUCUGCGACAUCGAGUUUCAAGACUCGCAGCACAGCUUUGCCCAAUUCGGAGUCAACUCGCUGCCUCACAUUCGCCUCAUCGGACCCAACCACAGCCUCAAAGAAUCCCAGCAAAUGGACCAGGGCGAUUUCUCGAGAUUGGCUGAGUCAAUGUCCGAGUUCAUCGAGUCCAAGACCAAACUCGUCGUGGGUCCGAUUCAGCGCCCUCCGAUGAUAUCCAAGAAGCAAAUUAUGUUCGCUACCAUCGCGUGGUUGAUUUGGUUACCCUUUAUUGGGAAGAAGAUCAUCAGUGGCAAGACUUUGCUUCACGACCCAAGAAUUUGGUUAUCUGGGGCUGUCUUCAUUUACUUCUUUAGCGUCUCGGGCGCUAUGCAUAACAUCAUUAGAAAAAUGCCCAUGUUCUUGGUUGAUAGAAAUGACCCUUCAAAGCUCAUAUUUUUCUACCAGGGCUCCGGAAUGCAGCUUGGAACAGAAGGCUUCACAGUUGGGUUCUUGUACACCAUUGUUGGGUUGUUGUUGGCAUUCCUCACCCGCGUGCUUGUUACCGUCCGCAAUGUCAAGGUGCAGCGUAUUGUUAUGAUUAUCGCGCUCCUUGUUUCGUUUUGGGCGGUGAAGAAGGUGGUCUACUUGGAUAAUUGGAAGACCGGUUAUGGAGUGCAUGCUUUUUGGCCUUCGAGUUGGAACUGAGCUUGGUGAGGAUGAGGAUGCCAAUUCACCACUUGAGCUUCUAUAAAGGUGAUAGAUCUGUGUUAGUGAAAACUUUGAUAAUGAAUUUAUCCUGAGAAAGAUGUGUACUUUUUGACAGUUGGCUUAUAUUAUGUUUGAAAAUUGAGAACUAUUUGUUAGAAAAUUUCUAUUAUGAUUACAUGCUUUGUGUUUAUGAUGUUGGUUUA